GUACAGGUGAUGGCGACACCGACAUCUCUUAUACAGUGGAAGGAGGACUCUCCUGGUUCCGGAUAUAUGGACUACUUUGGGCCGCUAAGUAAUCAAGGGUUGCUACCGAUUGGGAACACGCCGCGAUUUGCCUUUGUAUGCUGUCAAUCCGCGCGUGUAGAUGAAGAAGAGCUGUACUUCACUUGGGACGGUUAUCGGUUUCGCAAAUUAAAGGAAGGAGAUUGCCAUCCCCAAUACUCAAAUCUAAUUUUUCGUCUGGUCCUCGGAAAGCCCACGUGGGCGAAUCCUCACAUCGCGCGUUCUUCCCAACUACGGGACACCGUUCAUAGCUCAGUGCCACACUUCCAGGCGGGAAAGAAAGGCGGGGCUAUCUCCUUGACAUACGGAGGAAAUACUGUGGAAGCCUCUUCAAGAUCAGAACCAGAGGCCACUCCUUCGGCGCUUCCCCUGCCAGCAUCCCCCACAAAGGUGGCUCGCUUUCGUACGCCACAGCAAGCAACUCAUCAAUCGGCACCGCCGCCAGACUCCUCAGCCUCCAACCACCAGCCAAACAGGGCUUGGAAUCCCAAUACGUCCCAGCGGACACAGCUGUUCAUCAAAAAGUUGGCGCAGGCAUCUGAGACAUAUGAUGGAGCUUACAUGCCCUCACGACUGAAAGUGCUCUUCAGACAAGGCAAACCCUCUUCCCAACCGCCGACCCAUCCGGUAGAAACUCCAGUACCGACGGCACUGGAAACUGAUGCAGCGAAUGCGCAACAAUACCGCCAGCGUGCGAACACGGCUCAGCAAGCAUUUUCGGACAUAAUGGAUGUCUACCAGAAACGCACAUCGGAGCUGAAGUUGUCUGCUCAUAUCCAACAGGAGAGUCCUUUCAAUGACGGCCUCAGCAAACUCGAAGAACAAAUGAAUCAGAUGAACGCAUCCAUGGAGAUACUACGGAAGACGGUCGGACAGUAUAAGGAUGGCAUGGAAAUGCAGACUCAGAAGGACAGGGGCGCCAGAUUAGCGGUGGAGAAGACACUUGAAGAUACCUUCUCGUUUGCAGAGUGGAGCUUUGGUGGGAAGGAAAAAGAUAUCAAUGUUGAUACCGUUGAACGGCGCAUCGAUGAAGUGGAAGAAACCGUAGCACGAAUCCAGAAGCUCGAGAAGGCGCAACGGAUACCUGAGCUGGAUGCUUCCCAGCCGUAUAACGGCCCUGAAGAGGACAUGAAGCAGACAAAGACAACCGAGGAUAUAGCUUCGGCUGAGGAACGACUACAGCGGAUGUGGAGGGAACACACUGGUAUGAAAGAACGGCUGGACGGGACUCGGCCGCCAGAUCGAAAGACGAUGAACGAACAGCUCAUAGAGCGCGGGAUCACAGCCGUUACGUCUGCCUACAGGAAAGCUGGAAGGUGCCUGUACCAGGAUAGCAGCCGGAAAAUGGAAGAUGUUAUGGGUGACUUGCAGACUGAGAUGGACAGAAUGGCUGGUGCGGCGAAGCUCAUUGUAUCGCCGAUGGGGGCAGAUCGCGCCACAAUUUUGGGGGAACUGAACAGCACCAAUCGCAUCAAGAAUUCUUCUUAG